CCUCUCGGCCUCGCAGCCGCGUCGCAUUCCUUCCCGGUUCUUUCUCCUGCCGCUGCUGAAAUGGCGCUGAGCCUGACGGUCAACCCCGGCGAUCUGCCUCUCGGAGCAUUGCUGACUGUAGAACAUGUAAAGGAUCAUGUUAAAAUUUCAGUUGAAAUAGGCAAAGAAACCAGUCUACGGAUAUCUGACCAAGUUACAUUCACUGAUGUGAAUUCUAUAGCUCGUUAUCUGGCUAGAAUUGCCACAUCUGCUGGAUUAUAUGGAUCUAAUUUGCUGGAGCACACUGAGAUUGACCAUUGGAUUGAAUUCAGCACCACAAAACUGUCCACUCCCACUGAGUUUGCUUUAGCCAUCCAAGAGCUCAAUAACUCCCUUUCUCUGAGAACCUAUUUAGUAGGCAACUGUUUGAGCCUUGCAGAUUUCAGUGUUUGGGCAGCAUUGAAAGGCAACAAUAUAUGGCAGGAGCAGUUACCUCAAAAUAAUGGUCCUGUUCAUGUAAAACGCUGGUACAAGUUUCUUGAAGCACAAAAUAGUUUUCAAUCUGUAGAUUCCAAAUGGACUGUGGGAGACUCUGUUCGAAAAAUAAAAAUGACAACAGAAAAGAAACAAGAUCUUGGAAAAUUUGUUGAUCUCCCAGGUGCAGAGAUGGGAAAAGUCAUUGUUAGAUUUCCUCCUGAAGCAAGUGGCUACUUGCAUAUUGGUCAUGCAAAAGCUGCUCUGCUGAAUCAGCACUACCAGGUCACCUUCAAGGGUAAAUUGAUCAUGAGAUUUGAUGAUACAAAUCCAGAGAAAGAAAAAGAAGACUUUGAAAAGGUGAUCUUGGAAGAUAUUGCAAUGCUUCAAAUUAAGCCCAACCAAUUUACAUACACUUCUGAUCAUUUUGAAAAAAUAAUGAAAUACGCUGAGAAACUCAUUCAUGAAGGAAAGGCUUAUGUGGAUGAUACACCAGCAGAACAGAUGAAAAUGGAGAGAGAACAGAGAAUAGAAUCUAAACACAGGAAUAAUUCUGUUGAGAAGAAUUUUCAGAUGUGGGAGGAAAUGAAAAAAGGAACAGAAUUUGGGCAGACCUGCUGUCUACGAGCAAAAAUUGAUAUGAAUAGUAAUAAUGGAUGCAUGAGAGACCCAACUCUUUAUCGUUGUAAAAAUCAGCCACACCCACGUACUGGAAAUAAGUACAAUAUUUACCCCACAUACGACUUUGCCUGCCCCAUAGUGGACAGUGUAGAAGGUGUUACUCAUGCAUUAAGAACAACAGAAUACCAUGACAGAGAUGAGCAAUUCUACUGGAUCAUUGAAGCCUUGGGAAUAAGAAAGCCCUACAUCUGGGAGUACAGCCGUUUAAACCUCAACAAUACUUUGCUUUCUAAAAGAAAGCUCACUUGGUUUGUCAAUGAAGGACUGGUAGAUGGCUGGGAUGACCCAAGAUUUCCAACUGUGCGUGGUGUCCUUAGAAGAGGUAUGACAGUAGAAGGAUUGAAACAGUUUAUAGCUGCACAGGGAUCUUCAAGAUCAGUUGUAAAUAUGGAAUGGGAUAAAAUUUGGUCAUUUAACAAAAAGGUCAUAGACCCAGUGGCACCUCGGUUCACUGCAUUGCUAAAGGAUGAAAUAGUCACCGUAAAUAUUCCUGAAGCUCAAGAAGAGAUGAAAGAAGUGGCUAAACAUCCCAAGAAUGCUGAAGUUGGCUUGAAGCCUAUCUGGUAUAGUCCCAAAGUACUGAUUGAUGGAGCAGAUGCAGAGACAUUGACAGAAGGAGAAACGGUUACAUUCAUUAACUGGGGCAACAUAAUCAUCACCAAAAUACACAAGAACCUCACUGGGAAAAUCACAUCUAUGGAUGCUAAAUUAAAUUUGGAGAAUAAGGAUUACAAAAAAACUACUAAAAUCACCUGGCUAGCAGAAGCCUCUUCUGCUUCUCUCACUCCAACAAUCUGUAUGAACUAUGAACACUUGAUUACCAAGCCUGUCUUAGGCAAGGAGGAAGACUUCAAACAGUACAUUAACAGAAAUAGCAAACAAGAAGAACUGAUGUUAGGUGAUCCUUGCCUAAAAGAUUUGAAAAAAGGAGACAUCAUACAGCUUCAGAGAAGAGGUUUUUAUAUUUGUGAUCAACCAUAUGAGCCUAUUAGUCCAUAUAGCUGUAAAGAAGCUCCAUGCAUUUUGAUUUAUAUUCCUGAUGGGCAUACAAAAGAAAUGCCAACAUCUGGCUCAAAGGAGAAAACCAAGUCAGAAACAGCAAAGAAAGAGGUUGCUACUACAAUGAAAGGUCAUUCUGCUUCACUUGGGGCUGAUGUUUCUCCUACUUCAGUUUCCCCUUCAGCCCAGGAUCCCUUAGCUCUUUACAGGAGGGUGACUGCUCAGGGUGAUGUAGUCCGUGAUUUGAAACAAAAGAAAGCAGCAAAGGAGGACAUUGAUGCUGCUGUGAAACAACUCUUGGUUCUGAAAGCAGAAUACAAGGAGAAGAUUGGUCAAGACUACAAGCCGGGAAACCCUCCAAUUGCAGCAGAUCCCAUCCAAUCUUCCAAAUGUGAGGUGGUCGCCAUUACCAAUGUGGACGGCAAAAUUCUUUAUGAUAAUGUAGCUGAGCAAGGAGAAGUGGUCCGAAAACUUAAAGCAGAAAAAGCUGCCAAGGAUAAAGUGGAUGAAGCUGUCAAACUCCUCCUUUCCUUAAAGGCAGAAUAUAAAGAAAAGACUGGCCAGGACUAUAAACCAGGACAGCCACCUUCAUCUCAGACAUCUGACUUAAACCACCCCAAAAGCACAGAAACCAGUAGUCCUGGCUCUCCAGAAGCACAAGUUCUUUUUAACCAGGUUGCUCUCCAAGGAGAAGAGGUUCGAAAAUUAAAAUUGGAGAAGGCAGAAAAGGAUAAAGUUGAUACUGCAGUACAAAAACUACUUCAGUUAAAAGCUCAGUACAAGUUGUUAACAGGAGUAGACUACAAGCCAAUUUCUACAACUGGUGCAGAAGAUAAAGACAAGAAGAAGAAGGAGAAGGAGAACAAAUCUGAAAAGCAAAAUAAGCAACAAAAACAGAAUGAGGGACAGAAGAAAGGAAUGCAGAAAGACCAAGGAAGUAAUUACAAUCUGUCUUCUGAUGGACCAGGAGAUGGUCAGGGACCUAAGAAACAAACAAGAUUGGGUCUAGAAGCUAAGAAGGAAGAAAAUUUAGCUGAAUGGUAUUCUCAGGUUAUUACAAAAUCAGAGAUGAUUGAAUACUAUGACGUGAGUGGCUGCUACGUUCUCCGUCCAUGGGCUUUUUCAGUAUGGGAAGCUAUCAAGGACUUUUUUGAUAGUGAAAUAAAGAAACUUGGAGUGGAAAACUGCUACUUUCCCAUGUUUGUAUCUCAAGCUGCAUUGGAAAAAGAGAAGAAACACAUUGCUGAUUUUGCCCCAGAGGUUGCCUGGGUUACAAAGUCUGGCAAAACAGAGCUGGCAGAACCAAUUGCUAUACGUCCUACUAGUGAAACAGUUAUGUAUCCUUCAUAUGCAAAAUGGAUUCAGUCCCACAGAGAUCUUCCCAUCAAGCUCAAUCAGUGGUGCAAUGUUGUACGCUGGGAGUUCAAGCAUCCACAGCCCUUUUUGCGUACUCGUGAAUUCCUGUGGCAAGAAGGACACACGGCAUUCUCUACUUACGAAGAAGCAGCUGAAGAGGUAUUGCAGAUUCUCGAUCUAUAUGCUCGUAUAUAUGAAGAACUUCUUGCAAUUCCUGUUGUGAAAGGAAGAAAGACAGAAAAAGAAAAGUUUGCAGGUGGAGAUUACACCACAACAGUUGAGGCAUUUAUAUCUGCAAGCGGACGAGCUAUCCAGGGAGCAACAUCUCAUCACUUGGGACAGAAUUUUUCAAAGAUGUUUGAGAUUGUCUUUGAAGAUCCCAGAAUACCAGGAGAGAAACAAUUUGCUUAUCAAAAUUCUUGGGGCAUUACAACCCGUACCAUUGGUGUUUUGACCAUGAUUCAUGGAGAUAACAUGGGUUUGGUGCUGCCACCUAGAGUAGCAUGUUUUCAGGUGGUGAUUAUUCCCUGUGGUAUCACUAAUUCCCUUUCGGAAGAAGAAAAGGAGGCUUUACUGACAAAGUGCAAUGAAUAUUGUAAGAGAUUGUGCAUUGCUGAUAUCCGUGUGCGAACUGACUUGAGAGAGAACUAUUCACCUGGGUGGAAAUUCAAUCACUGGGAGCUUAAGGGUGUUCCAGUCAGGCUUGAAGUGGGGCCACGCGAUAUGAAGAAUCAUCAGUUUGUGGCUGUUAGAAGGGACACAGGAGAAAAGUUGACCUUUUCUGAAAAUGAAGCAGUGGACCAGCUGAAAUGUGUUCUGGAAGAAAUCCAUCUUAACCUUUAUAACAGAGCUGCUGAAGAUCUUAAGAGUCAUAUGGUGGUGGCCAACUCCAUGGAAGAGUUUCAGAAAGAACUUGAUUCUGGAAAGAUAGUGCAGAUUCCUUUCUGUGGAGAAAUAGAAUGUGAGGAUUGGAUCAAAAAAACAACUGCCAGAGAUCAAGAUCUUGAACCUGGCGCUCCAUCCAUGGGAGCCAAAAGUCUCUGCAUCCCCUUUAAACCACUUUGUGAGCUGCAGAAUGGAGCGAGAUGUGUCUGUGACAAGAGCCCUGCAAAGUUUUACACUCUCUUUGGACGCAGUUAUUAAAUUACUGUUGGAAACGAUAGUUUCCUUAUAUUUCAACUCAACUUUUUAAAUUGAGGACUGAGAUGUUCCCUGAUACUGUCCAGGUUUUUGUUGUUACUUUUUAAAAUAGUGACUAAUAAAGCCAUAGAGAGACAUACCCUUUCAGUGAAACUUACAGUAUUGCAUAAACCUUUCUGUAUACAGUAUCUCUAUAAUAAAUAAGUAUUGUCAUCUGU